CACUAUUGGACGUCUGCAGAUGGGCCCAACGCCGGGCCCAGUCAGCAACCAGGGAACGGAAACCCACUCUCAGCCUCCAGGUACUCCAUCCAACGCUCCAAGGCAAGCCUCGUCAACCGGUCGUCACACUAUAAAGUCCUACCCGUCUCUUUGCAAUGUCUAUCACCAAUCCUCUACGUAUAGUUGGUUAGGCGUUCGCCCUCGGACCCAACGCCGGACCUGAUAAAGACGAGCGGUUCGCAGAAGCAUGACCUCAGUACCCCUCGCUCGCCUUCUCCC